GAGAGAUAAGAACCAGACUUGUCUAUGGUUCGGGCUGCAUCGGCUUCUAGCCUACAGAAAGCUAGCGCGUUAGCUUCACCCUGAAAACAAUGAAUCACACAUCCACGGCUACCUACACAACAGUAGUAUGAUUGGUUUGGAUAGGGUUGACAAGGAAAGCACGGACACCGACAUAUUUCUGUUCUUUUAACAACGGAUUCGUUAUCCUCCCCGCUCGAGUCGGGCAAAACCACCGUUCGCGAUGGGUAAGGAGGUGAACGGGGUCUCGCGGAGUCGGUUUGAGAUGUUCUCAAACAGCGAUGAGGCUGUGAUCAAUAAGAAGCUGCCCAAGGAGCUGUUGCUUAGAAUUUUCUCUUUCCUGGAUGUGGUGACGCUGUGUCGGUGUGCACAAGUUUCCCGGUCGUGGAACGUGUUGGCUCUGGAUGGCAGUAACUGGCAGCGCAUUGACCUCUUUGACUUCCAGAGGGACAUUGAGGGCCGUGUAGUGGAGAACAUCUCGAAGCGGUGUGGGGGGUUUCUGCGAAAGCUGAGUCUCCGAGGGUGUCUGGGCGUCGGAGACAGUGCACUCAGAACUUUUGCACAGAAUUGCAGAAACAUCGAGCUGCUCAGUCUCAAUGGCUGCACCAAGAUCACUGACAGUACAUGUAAUAGUCUGAGUAAGUUCUGUCCCAAACUGAAGCACCUGGAUCUUGCCUCCUGUACCUCAAUCACCAACUUGUCACUGAAAGCACUUAGUGAGGGAUGUCCUCAGUUGGAGCAGUUGAACAUUUCCUGGUGUGACCAGGUCACUAAGGACGGGAUACAGGCCCUGGUGCGAUGCUGCCCUGGACUCAAAGGCCUCUUCCUCAAAGGCUGCACUCAGCUGGAAGACGAGGCUCUGAAGCACAUCGGAGCUCACUGUCCAGAACUGGUCACACUCAACCUGCAAACAUGUUCGCAGAUCACAGACGAAGGCCUGAUCACAAUUUGUCGAGGGUGUCAUCGCUUGCAGUCCCUGUGUGUGUCUGGCUGUGCAAACAUCACAGACGCCAUCCUCAACGCGCUGGGACAGAACUGCCCGCGCCUCAGAAUACUAGAAGUGGCUCGCUGCUCCCAGCUCACAGAUGUGGGCUUCACCACACUAGCACGGAACUGUCAUGAGCUGGAGAAGAUGGACUUGGAGGAAUGUGUGCAGAUCACAGAUGGGACACUCAUACAGCUGUCAAUCCACUGCCCUCGUCUUCAGGUUUUGAGUCUCUCCCACUGUGAGCUGAUCACAGACGACGGCAUAAGGCACCUGGGCAGCGGGCCGUGCGCCCACGACCGACUGGAGGUGAUCGAGCUGGACAACUGCCCUCUGAUCACAGACGCCUCGCUGGAGCACCUGAAGACCUGCCAUAGCCUGGACCGCAUCGAGCUGUACGACUGCCAACAGAUCACACGCGCCGGCAUCAAGCGCUUGAGAACUCACCUGCCCAAUAUUAAAGUGCACGCCUACUUCGCUCCUGUGACUCCACCUCCAUCAGUCGGCGGCAGCCGUCAGAGAUUUUGCCGCUGCUGCAUCCUGCUAUGAUGUUACCACGACAACCACUGCACCAGGAUUACCUGACCCCUGAACCCAGGUGCACGUGGCGCCGUGCCCCUGAAGAAGCUGCUGUGAGCAAAACAGAUGGCUACAGAGAGAGAGAGAGAGAGAGAAAGAAAGAGAGUACCACUUUUAUAUAUACAGUACACACACAAACACACACACACAAACACACUCCAGACCAGUACAGACCUGCACAGUAAAUGCAGACCUUCUGUGCACACAUCUGCGCACACACACACACACACACACACACACACACACACACACACACACACACAUACACACACACACACACACACACACACA